AUGUCUUUGAAAGUAUUCUUGACCAUUUCAGCUGAUUCGGUUCCACUCGGAAAAUUGAUUUUUGAGGUGAAUUUUUGAAUUUUUCCAUGCUAAAUUCACCCAUUUUUCUUAGCUAAACACUCAAAAAUGCCCGAAAACUUGUGAGAAUUUUCGAAAAUUGUGCACAGGAGAGCUGGGAUUUGGAUACAAGGGUUGCGAAUUUUUCCGCGUCGUUCCGACGUUUUGCGCUUGUGUGAGUUAAGAGCGGGGAACCUACAGUAUGUAGUUACAGUAAUCCUAACUCAUUUUUUAUUAUAGAAUGAUAUUUGAAUGUAGUAACCCAGCGUAAAGCCUACAGCCUACAGUAAUCUGAAACAGAGCCCACAGUAGCCCACUACAACAAAAUAUUUGCAGUCCGGCGACUUUGAAACUCAAAACAAGGAUCGGAGCGGUGGAAAAAGCACAUUCGGCUCCAAAUAUUUCGACGACGAGAAUUUCGACAUGAAACAUGAUUCGCGGUGAGACCCCAAGCCUUUUCGUAGACCAAAAACCCUGGAAUUUCCAGCGGUAUUCUUGGAAUGGAUAACUACGGUUGGCCGAACACAAACAGCUCUCGAUUCUAUGUGACAUUCGACGAAACACCGUGGAUGAACAAUUUCCACGUGGCAUUCGGCAAACUCGUCGAAGGCUUCGAAGUCCUAGAUGAAAUCGAAAAACUCGGAAUUUUGGAGGGAAAUGGUCCGCAACAGGGAAGAACGCGGAAAUUGAUAAAAAUCGUGGAUUGUGGUGUUUAUUCUGAAUAA